AUGUUCUCGUCCGCUCUGAAGUCUUUCAGCUCCAACAUCUCCGCCAACUACCAAAUCUCCCCCAGCCCCACCGUAUUCUCCGGCCCCUGGAAAAUCCACGAUGCGAAGAAAAAGUCCACAGGAACACCGGCGUCCGUGUUUAUAUUUGAUCGCAAGGUUCUUGAGCCACGGCCUGGGGGAUUCGGUUCCCGCUCAGGCUCUGGGUCAAAGAAACUGCAGGAAGAUGUGAUCGAGCGGCUCAAGCGCGAAGCCAGCAACCUCGCUCGACUGAGGCAUCCCUCCAUCCUCCAAGUGCUGGAGCCAGUCGAAGAAACUCGCAGCGGUGGCCUCAUGUUUGCUACAGAACCGCUCACGGCCUCGCUUUCCGGGCUUCUGUUAGAAAAGAGCGAUCAGAAUAAUGCCGGUGCUAGUUCGCGCUCAAGUCGAUAUAUGGCCGAGCAGGCCGAUGGAACACGGAGGAGACGAGACUUUGAGAUUGAUGAAUUGGAAAUCCAAAAAGGGCUGCUUCAGGUGGCCAAGGGUCUCGAAUUCCUCCACGAGUCCGCGGGCCUUGUGCAUGGCAAUUUGAACCCAGAAGCCAUCUAUAUCAAUGCCAAAUCUGACUGGAAAAUCUCCGGACUCGGGUUCGCAGGACCUCCUGACUCCUCAGAAUCUCGUUCAUCAUUGCCGCCGUUGGCUGUCUCCGAGGUACUCUACCAGGAUCCAAGACUCCCCGCUUCGGUUCAGCUCAACAUGGAUUACACAUCUCCGGAUUUUGCUCUGGACUCUAAUGUGUCAUCCUCUGCUGACCUUUUCUCUCUGGGUCUCAUAAUCAUUGCUCUUUAUAAUUAUCCCCAUGUCUCCCCGCUUCAAACGCACUCAAACUUGUCUACCUACAAGAAGCUUAUAAGUACGCCAUCGACCACUCCUUCUCAGGGCAAUAGUUUCCUUUGCUCAAACCCAAUCCCUCGAGACCUUCUGUCCCAUGUCUUGCCCAGAUUGAUCACAAGAAGAGCUGCGCAGCGGAUGAAUGCUCGAGAGUUUCAACAGUCCCAGUAUUUUGAUAACGUGCUGGUCUCCACGAUUCGCUUCUUAGAAUCACUGCCAGCUAAGAACCCCAAUGAGAAAUCUCAAUUUUUACGUGGCUUGCAGCGGGUUCUUCCUGAUUUCCCUGCAUCGGUGUUGGAAAGGAAGCUAUUAGGGGCUCUUCUGGAUGAAAUGAAAGACCGCGAGCUCCUGUCGCUUUUACUGCAAAAUAUCUUUGGGAUCCUCCAGCGGAUCCCCAAUGGACGCCGCACCUUCCCUGAGAAAAUAGUUCCUCGGCUCAAAGAAGUUUUUGGAACAGCUGGGAAAGGGGCUCAAGAACGCGACUCGAAGAAGGAUGCAGGUCUUAUGGUGGUUCUGGACAACAUGAAACUUAUUGCCGAAAACUGCUCGGGGAUGGAAUUUAAAGAUGACAUUUUACCGUUGAUCCGACUUGGAUUGGACUCCCCAACGCACUCCUUGGUAGAUGCCGCCAUCAAGUGCCUCCCCGUGGUGCUUCCGGUUCUCGACUUUAGCACUGUGAAGAACGAAGUGUUUCCUCCCAUUGCUAGCACUUUCAGUCGCACCAGUAGCCUUGCCAUCAAGGUUCGCAGUCUCGAGGCUUUCAGUGUGCUGUGCGGUGGCUCUGCUGAUGACUUUGACGGGAAUGAAGAUGAUCUCACUGGUGUAGUCAAGCCUAGCAAAACAGCCAAGUCUUCUAUUCUGGACAAGUACACCAUUCAGGAGAAACUGGUCCCAUCCUUAAAAGGAAUCAAAACGAAAGAGCCGUCAGUGAUGGUGGCUGCAUUGAAAGUCUUCCGCCAGGUUGGCAAGAUUGCUGACACCGAUUUCCUUGCCCUCGAAGUCUUGCCGAUUCUCUGGAGCUUCAGUCUCGGUCCACUUCUCAAUCUUGGUCAAUUCAACGAAUUUAUGGUAUUGAUCAAAUCUCUUUCGGCUAAGAUAGAAAACGAGCAGACGAGAAAACUGCAAGAGCUUUCUUCUGGAGGAGAGUCAAGUGGUUUCCAGAAUGGCAACAAUGGUCACUCCCAGGCGGCGACAGAUCUUAACUCUCCCGAUAUGGACAGUGCUAAAAACAAUUUUGAGCGUCUCGUCCUCGGGAAGAGUGCGGCGCCUGCAAAUGGCAAUGACAUGGAUGUCUGGGGUAGCAUGGAGCCCGAACCUGCAACCAAACGGCCAAGCAUGUCGCCUUCGUUUUCGUGGUCGAACAACAGCUUAACAACAGGUCCAGGCGGGGCUUCAAACCAGCUUGGCUUCCGUUCUAUCACCCCGGAUCAAAAGCUGAGCUCUUUCCCAUCCCUCCAGCCUGCAUCACAAGCCGCUCCUGCAGCCCCAUCGUUCCCUACGAUGCAACCAUCCUCGCCAAAUUGGGGCGUUCAGCCCAGUCCCUCUUUGGGAUCACUGACUGGUAUGGCAUCGAACAUCCCGAUGUCUCCGUCCCAAUCACAGCAAUCAUCCAACUACUCCGCAUUCUCGAUUGCUCCUCCGCCAGGUGGAAUGGGCUCGAGCAAUGCUAUGAGAUCUUCUUCCACGGGCAUGAAUGUGAAAUCAUCGCCAUUCCAAACACAGCCCUCACCGCAGCCUCAACCACCAACACCAAGGUCGGGAUUGGAUAAAUACGAGAGCUUGUUGUAA